AUGGCGGAAUCAGUUGUGAAUGAGACAGUGGCGAAUCUCUCGGCUACUGUAAACGAAACUGCAAAAAAUGUAACUGGCAGAGCAGCGGCAACUCCUGAAGGAUUGUUUGUGGCGUAUUCUAGUUUGGUUUUAAUGGCGCUUUUACCAAUAUUUUUCGGAUCAUUCCGCUCUGUGAAGUGUCUGAUCGAACAGAAGGUUAGUUGUUCACGAAUUUUUCUCAUUGAUUUUUCAACAGCUGAUGUUUUUAGACAGGAUUUUAUAUAGUUAUUUUCAAAGUACUUCUGCCGUCUAAGGUGUUUGAUUUCACUGCAAAUGGAACGUUUCUUGAACUUAUUUUUUCAGCUUAAGAUCAUUUAAAUUUCGUUUAAAUUAAGCUUAAAGCUUACGUGUAUCGAAGUCUGUGGCCCAUUUGUUCAUGACCUUUUGAAAAUUGAGGAGUGUAUUGUAACCAUUGGCGGUGUUGAUCAUAGUACUGAGUUAAUUUUAAUGACACUGCCAAGUUGAAGGUUUUCAAAGUAAUUCACUCUCAUCCGCUUUAAGUUUUGCUUGAUACAUUAAGCUUACACGUGUAUUCCUCUUCGUAUUCCCCAACAGUUUUUUCUUUUAUUUUCUCAUUUGAUUUUAUGGGAGAUUUUCCCUCUUAAGACAAAUUUAUAGACAACUUCGUAGGUUGGCCUUAUGUAAAAAAAACUCCCUAGAAAAAUCUAAUGAAACAAAUAACUUAUAGUAAGUGGGACAGAACAUGGCAAUAAACUGGUAGGAGCCAAACGUAGUUAAUCAAUGACAGUCGUUAUCAGAAAUCAGUCGAUAUCAUUGAUAUUAAUCACAGGUAGCCCAAGCUCAAAAUAUGAGCAUCGGCAUAUAACUUUCGAAAUGUAAGGAUUUGUAUGGGGAAAAAACCUAUCGUUUCUGUAACGAGAAAGAAAAUAAUGGGAGCAAGAGACUCUCUCCCACCCCGAGUGUGAGUAAUUUGAGUCUCAGGCUGUGUCGCUAUCUUUCAACGGUGACGCGGAGUUUAAGCCAAGGUUCUGUCAAUGGCUUCAGACGGGAAUGGUUGCAGAGAUUUGCGACCUUUGAUUUGCUCUCAGUGCAAAGGCGUCUUGAAGCAAGAUAACAAAUGGAAAGGAGAACUAUCGUGUGUUACCUAGGCCGAAUUUGGAGGCAAUUGGAGCAGUUGAAGCAAAUUUACAGGAGGUUUCCUUUGGUGUUUCAGUUGGGCCUUUUCGCUGGAUUGCCAAACCUUGGUAAACCUUUAUAUAAUGAGAAAACCAUUUACAUAAAAACCCAUAAACGGCCAUAAAUCGGCUUGUGGACCACACAGAAGAGACGUAACAUCUGACGUGGUCAGACUCCUUUGUUCUGAUCAUGUCUGUGGUGAGCAGAUUACAUAUUGAGUGGCCCCAGUUGAGGUUGUUUUACUGCCUUUUAAGACAGUGUAACCUAAAAGUAUAGAAUAUGUCAUGUCCAUAACAUGCUACGUGUACUUAAUCUGCAGUGCUUAAAAUUUGGAUUGUGCACUUUCACAGAAAAAUGGAGAGAAACCAGAAAGUAUGACUUCAAAGGAUGCUGCCAUGUUCCCCAUUAUUGCCAGUUGUACCCUGUUGGGUCUUUACAUCUUUUUUAAAGUAAGUUGACUUGUACAGAUUAUAGAUUCCUGAUAAUCUGUAUCUUUUGUAGCAUUCAUCAAACAUGACAAUAAUAAUACAUGUACAUGUAGUUCAUCAUCACCGUCAGUUCCUUAUCUACAAGCAGAGAAUAUGGCAACAAAUUGCUUAGUUACCUGAGUUUAAAUACUGAGCCAAGUUGUUCGAAGCUGGGUUAAGAUAACCCAGGGUUAGUGCGAAAUUUGGACCCAGAUAUGAGAGCUUCAAAAGCAAAUUCAGUCUAAUUCUCUUUGCCUACAAUUUGAUGAUUGGAUACUCUAAAAAGAAUAGACAAAAUUGUCCACGAGAGUGCUUAUGAUAAAAAGAAAAAGGAACCCGGGUUAAGAUUUAAGCCUGGGUUAGUGUGAACUGACAUUCCAACAACAACUGGGCCUGGGUAGUUAAGUUAGCAUCAAGUAAAAAAAUAAAUAACAACUACAUUGCUGAAAACCAUAACUACCCUUCCCUCUCAGCUUCUUUUCUUUUCUUUUGUUCCCAUUAGUUAUUCAGCAAAGAAUACAUCAACCUUCUACUUACUGUUUAUUUCUUUGGUCUUGGAGUAUUGGCAGUGACACAUUUGCUAAGGUAAAUUGUUUUUUAUAGUUUUAUACAUCUCUCUCAGGCUGGAGUAGUACCGGGAUGUGGUUUUUGUGGUGAUAAUGUUCCUGGGAAUGGUGAUAUUCACCUUCUCUACACUUGUGGUAACCUACCUUGAUUUAUUUUUUGUGCAUGUACUUGUAACAGCACAUUCUUAGCCUUAACUAAUACCUGUAGAACAACAGUAUACUUUAUAAAUAAAAUUUGACAUCUAAAUUUCAGACCAAAUGUUGAACUUCUACUACCAGCGGCAUUUCCAAACAAGACAUACACCCUUGAUCUUACCGAGGGUAAAGGUGAUAAGAAAACAGGUAUCAAUUUUGGUACAUUGUGGUUUGAAAAAGUGUUCUUUCAUUUUAGAGUGUGAUUCUGAUUACAGAACUAUUACUAUUAAUUUUGAUUUCAGAACUGGUUAACUAUGAGUUUGACAGGAUAGACUUGCUCUGUCUUGGUGUUUCGUCUGCAUUUGGAAUAUGGUAUUUAUGGAAGAAGGUAAGCAGUUGUUUCUUUUAGGCUUCUCAUAUAGAGUAAGACACCUAAUGAGGACACUAUACACACAUGUACAGUUUCUAUUGUAAGUGUAUAAUCAUCAAUCCUUAUCACACCAUCUGUUCCGUAGGGCAUGAACAAAAUCUCCUCAUCUAAAAUUCCUUUGUUUCAGAUGUGGGACAGAAAGAACUAAAAUUAAACUGGCUGUCAAAUUUUAGAAUUCCAAUGUCCUUGCUUCACCAAUGGAUACCAGGAGCUAAAAUGGCAACUGUCCCAAAUGAAUAUAACUGAGAUGAUCAAAUGAUUAAUUUCAGCAAGCAAGUCAAGUUACAGUGUACAUGUACAUGUACGACUUUUUGAUUAAAAAAGAUGCAUUAAUUCUAACUAUCACUGCAUUUACUUGUGUGAUUACUGUAGUUUUAAAGGUGGCAAGAGUUUUCUUAAAUUACAUUUACAUGUACAAGGAAGAGAAAUCUUACUACCUAUGGUAUAUUAUUGUACAUAUUUUCUUUGUAUACGGUUUUCGUUUUGUUGCUCUUUGCAGUCAAGGAAAGGAGUAACUUCACUAUUUGUUAUGAAAUACCAGUAUUUGUUGUUCCCUCUGUAGCAUUGGAUUGCCAACAACAUAUUUGGUUUGGCAUUUUCUCUCAAUGGAGUUGAGCUUCUUCAUUUAAACACAGUUUCAACAGGCUGCAUCCUUCUCGGAGGACUCUUCGUUUAUGAUAUCUUUUGGGCAAGUACCUUAAACUGUUUACCCUUUAGUUAAUAGUGAAUGCAGCAGCUGUAUGACAUGAUCCCAUCACAAUACAAGGUACAUGUAUAUCUCCCACAACACAAAAUGCUUUGUUUAGAGCUCUUUUCUGUUCAACUGAAUUUAAAAAAAAAAAACAUUUUAUGCACAGUAAGGGAAAACAUCCUGAAUAUGGCCAUAUUUAAGAAAAAGCUAGUAAUAAAUUGCAUUAAGCUAUGGAUAACGCACUAUUUUAACAUGAUUAUGUGCUAAGAAUAUCACACUAUGCUACUAACAUUCCCUGGUACAUGGCUGUCACUAAGGGCAGGGCCAAGGACUGGAAGUUUCCCCUGCCACUAUGUUUAUGGUCCCUAACUUUUUUUAUAGGAAGCAAAAGGAAAAAAGAUCCAAAUGAAUUUCCAAGAUGUUAUAAGCAUUAUUUUUUUUCUCAUUAUUAUUCAAGACAUUUAUCACAAUAAUUAGUAACUUGCAAAUUCUCCAAAACAAUAAUAAUAAAUAAAUAAUAAUAAUAAUAAUAAUUCACAUUUAUAGCACGUUAAUUAGAUAAUUCUGCUGUCAAGAUAGCCUGCGAACAGCAGACACAUUUCCAGUCGUCGCUUCUCUCCCUCCGCUGCUGUUCGUAGGCUACUGUCAAGACCGCAGAACUGCUAAGGGGCUUUUUUGCUACAACCUAAACUUUUAACUUAUAAGCUGUUCUGUUUACAAAUACAGUUUGUCUUUUUCUGUUUAUUCUGAUAAUAUUUGUGCUUGUUUUAUUGAUUUUGAAUUCUAUUUAAUUCAUAUCAUAUUUCAGGUUUUUGGAACAGAUGUUAUGGUUACAGUUGCCAAAUCCUUUGAAGCACCAAUCAAGUGUAGGUAUCUUGUCUGCCACGUUGGGUCAUAUGCUACACUCAACAGAUUGUCCUGAAUCCUCAUAAAAAGUUGGGGUUCAUAAAGCCUUUUUACAGGUUCACAAAUGUGGGACAAUAUCAAUUAUCAUGAAACUUCCUAAUUUUACUGGCGAGCCCGCUUUAUGGAGUAGGUGAACACAACACAAAAAUUGUCGCUUUCUUUUUCUAAACUUAGAUAACAGUAGAUAUGCUCCCAAAGAAAAUUUUGCCAAGAUUUGGCAAAUUAAAUGGAAGUGAAUAAGAUUGGUAAAGUUUGAAAUAGUUUGAAUAGUCUUUUAAGUGACUUUAUCGGUUUUUUGUCAUCCAAAAAUUUUGCUACCAUGGCAACAUGACGUAACGACAUCUCCUCUCUAUUUACCAAUGUAAAAUAAGGACCUUUACCCUGUUAAUUACUUUUCCACAUAAUGACUUAAUAUUAUUUUCACUUAUAACAUUUUAGUGAUUUUUCCAAUGGAUCUUCUUGAGAAGGGGCUGGCUGCAUCCAACUUUGCCAUGUUGGGGCUUGGGGAUAUUGUUAUACCAGGUGAAUAUGAUUAUUUUCAAGUCAAUAUUUGUAUGUGUACAGUACUACAAUGAAAUUUAUGGUUCUAUUCUAUCACUUGUUCACAUUUCAUUUUCCUUUCAUGUGUUUAAAUAUGGUAAUGCAUGAUAUUGAGGUCUACACUAAAGGAAUAUAAGACUGUAAACCAAUGAUAAAAUGACACGUUGUUAAAAAAUUGGUUAAAAACUCGCUACAAUUUUAUAAUUUAAUUUAGCUUCAAAGUCAAAAUAAUAAGCCAAAAAAAAAAUAUUUCUUUAAACUACGUAUGUGGGUAUUGGAAAUAAUAAGAUAAACAUGCAUUAAAGAAAGAAAGCAAGCAACAAGUUAACUUACUUUUCAGUAUUAUUUCGAGAAAUGCUCUUUCAUGUAUGGAAAGAGUUUGUAGAGUGCAUGUCCUAGUGGGUAAAAUCCAUUCUCGGGUUAAACUACAUUUUUUUUUUCUACUAUGAAUAAUUUAGGAAACAACGAACAUUUUGAAUCAAACGAGUGUGAAAUACUAGUUUGCGUACAAAAAUUGUUGAUUUUGUUAGGCAUGUUUAAAAAGAAAGCAAUUGUUUAUCAGUACUAACUCUUGUUUCUGAUGCUCUGUAGGAAUUUUUAUCGCACUUCUGUUACGGUUUGACCACAGGUAAAGAGAUUUUCCUACUUUUUCAAUCAGCACUGUUUUUAAGUUUAAAUGUCAUUUUGGACCUCAAAUAUAUUUUAUAAAAAAUCUUACUUGGUUUUCUCAUCUGAGCUGCUAAAGGUUAUUAGGAUUGCCAUAUUACUGCACAGUUGACUUCCUACAAGUAUUGCAGCCUUGGAAUCUUUAUGGUUACAAUGGUGUAGUAUUCACACUUAUCCCCACUUAGUGUAUGGGGAUUGAAACUAGUGAAUUGUAUUGUUUAAAACCUAUUUUGUUAAGUUCAACUGUAAUUGCAAAAUCCCUUGUUGAGUUACUGUUUUCUUUGUUGACAGUAGCAAGAAAGACAAGACAAGCCGAGUGUAUUUCUACUCUGGUUUCAUUGCCUAUUUUGUUGGCCUGGUAGUAACUGUUUUGGUGAUGCACACUUUCAAGGCUGCUCAACCAGCCCUGUUGUAUUUGGUGCCUGCAUGCCUGGGAACUCCCAUUACACUGGCUCUUAUCAGAGGAGAGCUUAAGGAGCUCUUUAAGUAAGUUAAAGCUAGAAAGUACUUUAAAUCCAUUCCUCAGGAAUACUGUAAACUGCCGCCUAUAAAUCCUGGGCCCAUAUAUCUUCGUAAGGGGUUUAGGAGGGCUUAUAUCCAAUCGGCUCAUAACCGGAAUAGAUUGAGCGCUUCAGAUAAAAUCAUCAAAAUACGUUUUGCUUUUCCUGGUUUUUAAUUAAGCUUCAAAACGUCAUGAUAAAUCAAAUUCAUUUCAAUCCAAGCAAGAUGGGGUCUUAUAUUUGGAUGUAUUUUUGUUGUUAUUGUUGUUACUUAAAAGCGGCAGUUUAUGGUAGUUUAUUAAGCGCAUUAGUUAUGAAGCCCGAUAUACUCCUUUGUGGUGUGUUGUUGGACUUGACCCUACACUAUGGUGAAUAGCAUUCCUAACAUUCUGAACUAACUGACCAACAGAAACGUGCCGUUAAUUUAUUCAGUAAAUAUUUUUGAACAACAACAACAAAAAUGUGUCCCGUCUGGGAGCCCUAGACCUUGCAGCACCAUAGUUUUCACCUUUGAUUUUUGCCGUUUUUCAUAACCAGGCUUCUCUACUAACUACGCUAUAUAAACAACGUUGGACCAUGUAACUACACACACAAACGGUGUCUAACUUCUAACUUUUGGGUCUUGAACAAGUGUCCAUUAGUGCAAAACUUCUUCUGUAGUACUUCCAUGUUACGGGAUAUCGAGAUAUCGGGUUCUUUCAUAUUUUCAACUUUUAUCUGAUAUGUUGUUGAUAGUGAACAGUCUAAAUCCAAUUUCUCACCGAGAUAUUACAUUUCAACCCUGAGAGAUCAUAUAAAGUGAAUGAUUACACUUCUCUUUUAUUUAAAGAGAUGAACCCUUAAAGCCGCAGAAAUGUGUUCCUUGUAUCGCUGAUUUUCAGCUCUGUUUUUGGAAAAAGCGGCUAAUCUCGUUUUUUCUCCUCAGGUAUGAAGAUAAUCCGGAAAAAGAUCACAAGGAAACUGAAAAGAAGGAAGAAGGAGAAGAGGUCAAUAAUGAUGCGAAGAAAACCGAAUAAAUUAUAAGAACAAAGAUGUAGAACUAAUAACUUUACCCCGUGUUGAACUCUAAGCUUAAACUUGACAAAACUUAGAAUUUGGAAGACUCGCCAGUGAAUCUAAAAGCGCCUACCAAAAGUUGGAACUGACUGGAAGCCAGUCGUACCGGUCAUUUUGAAAUUGAAGUAAGUUGAAAAAAAGCCUUGUCUUCGAGAAUUUUGUCUUAAAACCCCUCACCGCUGAGCGCACUAUUUAGGAAAAGACUGAUCUAUCUGGACAGACCUGAUAAAUGCUUACCGGUCGUUUCGAUGGAAGUUGAUUAGGUCGAGGAGUAAAUAGUUUCAGCUACCUGGCUUAAAGAACGAAGAAUAUUCACCCCAUAUAUUUUUUCUGUUCACGCGCAAACUGUACUUUAAGUGUUCGAGAUCGUUGUGCAGUUUCACUGCUUGAGUUCGUAUCGAAAUACACUGCUGAACAGUCCGUUUUUUUCCGUUUUUUUUUUUGCCUUUUGGCAAAGGCGUGAAGCGUGCGAGCCUCGCACACCCGCAGACCUAUCGUUUGACCGCUCUCGCACGUUCUUUACCCAGGCAAACAUGCGGGCUGUUUUGUAGUGUAGUAUCGAAACGACCGGUUUCCUGAUAAAUAGUGGAGUUCCCCCGGUUCACAACUAGACUGGUUUGGCCGGCUAGUUCUGGCUAAAGGUAGUAGCGCCUUUCUCAAAGAGUUUUGUCAGAGCGCUUUCAUUUGAGUGGUAAAAUCGUAGGAUUUCGUCAACUGUUCCGUUUAAAAGUCAAAAUAACUAGAAAUCUCAUGACUUGGUCGAGGAGUGAAAGUGCUUUAAAAUAUCCUUUUACUGCCUGAAACAUUAAAUGCAAACUUGGAAAAUGAAAGGAAGAACGUCUUCGAUAUCAAAAAAAAAACUCAGCGGUUUUACUUACACUUUCACGCUCUGGCAUAAUUCCGCGUGAUAAAGUAUACAGACUCAAAAGUAAACAGUAAACUCUUAAAAUCGAAGGCUCAAUGACAAUUCCAGUCCAGUUUUUGGAAAAAAAGAAAGGACGAUAGAGGACAGUGUGUUAAGAGAACACCUUUCUUUCGUUUUUGUAAGUCAUGGUCUUCUUAAAUGCAGUUAACUGAGUUCUAUUUAUUUAACUGUUAUUUUACGGCGGUGGUUGAGUUGCACGCUACAACCCAUCAGUCUUGUAGAAUAAAAUAACGUUGCAU